AUGCUCAGAAGAUCCACCUCUUCUGCUUUGCUACUAAAGCGAACUCUUAGGAGACCCAGCACAUCGACACUACGCAGUGUCCAAAGACUAAGAUACGCAUCUACCAUACCUCAUCAUUUGAAAUUGAAUGCAAAGUCCCCUGAUUUUAUCCAUGAUUAUGCCCAUACAUCCUUACAGACAACCUUACCGAAUAUUUUAUCACUCAGAAGUAAGAAUAAUAACGUUCCUCCUGCUUCAACUCCGGUAGAUCCAAAGAAUGACAAGAAGCCUCCUUCCACGGAGAAGAAAGAUAAGAACGACAAGAAGACUCCGGAGGAAGAGUCACCAUCUACUGAACUACCUAAGCAUGAAAAGAAGGACACUGGCUUGAAAGAGAAGAAUAAUGGAAGCGCUACUGCCAAGUCAUCCACAAGUGCGACAGGAGGCUCCACUCCACCAGGAAAUGACGACGGAGAUUCUCCCUCUGUACCACCGCCCCCAGCUUCAUCUACCCCAAAUAGUACCCUUCCCGAUGUUUACCCAGAGAUGCUGGCAUUACCCAUCUCCAGGAGACCAUUGUUCCCUGGGUUUUAUAAAGCGGUGGUGAUAUCUGAUACAAGGGUCAUGAACGCCAUAAAGGAAAUGUUAGAACGUCAACAACCUUAUUUAGGUGCUUUCAUGUUGAAGGAUUCAGAUUCAGAUUUGGAUGUCAUUACUGAUAAGAAUCAAGUUUAUAACGUUGGGGUGUUGGCUCAAAUUACGAGCGCUUUCCCCAGUAAGGAUGAAAAGACUGGGAAGGAAACAAUGACUGCAUUGCUAUAUCCUCAUAAGAGAAUCCAAUUGGAUGAUUUGCUUCCUCCACCACCAAUCCCAGAAGGAACAGAAGAAACUGAACCAGCAAAGAAAGAAGAAGAAGGCAAAACCACUACUGACUUGGAGAAUAUCGUUGUUGAGAAGAUUUCUACACCUGUAAAGAGUUCUUCAUCAGAUUCGACAACAACGUUGGUACAGGAAAGUGAUGACAUCAGUGAAGAAGAAUUGAAAAAGAUGGAAGAAGAAGAUGGAAAUCCAACAGAAUUUCUGAAGCAAUAUCACGUCUCCUUAGUUAAUGUUUCCAAUUUAGAAGACGAACCUUUUGAUAGAAAAUCACCAGUUAUUAAUGCUCUCACGUCUGAAAUUCUAAAAGUGUUUAAAGAAAUCUCCCAAUUGAAUACAAUGUUCAGAGAACAAAUUGCCACGUUUUCUGCAUCUAUCCAAUCGGCAACAACAAAUAUAUUCGAGGAACCGGCAAGAUUAGCAGAUUUUGCUGCGGCGGUAUCAGCUGGUGAAGAAGAUGAAUUACAAGAUAUUCUGGCAUCAUUGAACAUCGAGCAUCGUUUAGAAAAAUCUUUAUUAGUUUUAAAGAAGGAAUUAAUGAAUGCAGAAUUACAAAACAAAAUAUCCAAAGAUGUGGAAACCAAAAUUCAAAAGAGGCAAAGAGAAUAUUAUUUAAUGGAACAAUUAAAAGGGAUUAAGAGAGAACUAGGCAUUGAUGAUGGUAGAGAUAAAUUAAUUGAAACAUAUAAGAAACGUGUGGAAAAAUUACAACUACCGGAGAACGUUCAGAAAAUUUUUGAUGAAGAAAUCAAUAAAUUGGCUACUUUAGAAACUUCCAUGUCUGAAUUUGGUGUCAUUAGAAACUAUUUAGAUUGGAUAACAUCCCUUCCAUGGGGGAUUACCUCAAAGGAACAAUAUUCAAUCCCAAGAGCAAGAAAAAUACUUGACGAAGAUCAUUACGGAAUGAAAGACGUCAAAGAUAGAAUUCUGGAGUUUAUCGCUGUCGGUAAACUAUUGGGUAAAGUUGAUGGUAAGAUCAUAUGUUUUGUAGGACCACCAGGCGUGGGUAAAACCUCCAUUGGUAAAUCCAUCGCGCGUGCAUUAAAUCGUCAAUUCUUUAGAUUUUCUGUAGGUGGUAUGACAGAUGUAGCAGAAAUUAAGGGUCACAGAAGAACUUAUAUUGGAGCCUUACCAGGUAGAAUCAUUCAAGCUUUGAAAAAAUGUCAAACUCAAAAUCCAUUGAUCUUAAUAGACGAAAUUGAUAAGAUUGGGCAUGGUAGUAUCCAUGGUGACCCAUCUUCUGCCUUAUUGGAAGUUUUAGAUCCAGAACAAAACAAUAGUUUCUUGGAUAACUAUUUGGAUAUUACAAUGGAUCUUUCUAAAGUGCUAUUUGUUUGCACGGCUAAUUCAUUAGAUACAAUCCCAAGGCCAUUGUUAGAUCGUAUGGAAAUUAUUGAGUUAACUGGGUAUGUUGCUGAGGAAAAAGUAAAGAUCGCAGAACAAUAUUUAGCCCCAAGCGCUAAGAAGAGUGCCGGUUUGGAAAACGCUAAUGUUGAUUUAUCAGAGGAUUCGGUUAUUGCACUAAUGAAAUAUUACUGUAGAGAGAGUGGUGUAAGAAACUUAAAGAAGCAUAUUGAAAAAAUAUACCGUAAGGCCGCAUUAAAUGUGGUUAAACAAUUAAGCAUAGAUGAUACGCCGAAGGAUGCUGCUAGCUCGACAGAAACGGUUGAAAAGACAACAAAGGAUUCUGCUACUGCAUCUACUGUUGCAAACAACGAAGAAAUCGAAGUCGAAAAGACCAAGGAUGACGUCGAGGCAAUGAAAGUAUCUGAUGAUGUUAAGAUAGUAAUUACACCCGAAAACUUGAAGGAUUAUGUGGGUCCGCCAGUCUAUACUACAGACAGACUAUAUGAAACCACACCACCAGGUGUCGUAAUGGGUCUUGCUUGGACUAAUAUGGGUGGCUGUUCAUUAUACGUGGAAUCAGUACUAGAACAACCUUUGCAUAAUUGUAGACAUCCAACAUUGGAACGUACUGGUCAAUUAGGUGAUGUCAUGAAGGAAUCGUCACGUCUUGCCUAUUCGUUCUCCAAAAUGUUUUUAGCUAAACACUUCCCAGAGAACAGGUUUUUUGAAAAAGCUUCUAUCCAUUUACAUUGCCCCGAAGGUGCAACUCCAAAGGAUGGUCCAUCAGCAGGUGUUACCAUGGCUACUUCAUUCCUUUCCUUGGCUUUAAAUGAGUCUGUUGAUCCAACUGUUGCUAUGACAGGUGAGUUGACUUUGACGGGCAAAGUUCUACGUAUAGGAGGUCUAAGAGAAAAGGCAGUAGCAGCUAAGAGAUCUGGUGCAAAAACAAUCAUUUUCCCUAAAGAUAACAUGAGUGACUGGGCAGAGCUUCCUGACAAUGUGAAAGAAGGAUUAGAACCUCUUGCUGCUGAUUGGUACGGUGAUGUGUUUGAUAGAUUAUUUAAGAACGUUAGCGUCGACACUGGUAAUAAAGUUUGGGAUUCAGAGUUCGCUAUACUGGAUGCUAAGAACGAGAAGGAGAAGCAUGGGAAGGAUGAGUAA